GUCAACACUCACCGGCCCGGGUAUCCCCUGUAUUCGUCAUGGCUCGCCUCCCAUUCUCAGUGCCAAAACUUUCGUCGGUUUAAGACAACUAGAAUGAGACUACUCCUCGCAAAGCAAGAUGAAGUCUCCAAGCUUGAGUCGGAGUUAAAAGCUAUAGACUGGGAUGAAACUGCCGAGCUUUUCCUAGGGAGCAUGCGACUGGACAAGAAUGCGAAGAGAAAGGAUGUUAUGUGCAAGCUUGAUGUCGCAAUCAAGGAAUAUGAUGAGCUUUUGCUAAGAAGUAGAGACAUUUUGAACAUGCCAGACUCUUCGAUUCACAAUCUCCAUGUAAUGGAUACAUGGCUAAGAACGACGGGUUGUAUCGCAAGAUCCGAAUUCGAGUAUGUGAAAGCUGAGGACUGGGAUAUCGUUAACAUCUGUGGUAUUGGGCAUGCUGUGCGUAGAGAUGAUUCACUGCUCACGACGCGAAUUACGAAUGCUUUGGGUGAGCUUCGUAAGAAUUGGAAAAUGGUAUGUAUUUGCCCCACCCGAUCGUUUGCAGGUUGUUGA